UAAAUCAAAUUAUGCAUGUGUUCUGUGUCUUCAAUAUAAUUCUCGUAUCGAUCAGCCUUCAUGAAUCUAUAUCUCAACCUUACAACUUGACUACGAGAAUAGUUGGUGGGUACGACUGCUCUGUAGAAAAGUAUCCUUUCAUGCUAUCCAUCAGGGAAACCAGAUCUAUGAAACAUUUUUGCGGUGGCACUCUGAUAAAACCAGAUUUCGUAUUGACCGCUGCUCAUUGCGCGCAGCUAUAUGAGAACCAUCCUAGUUUGAUCACUGUAGUAUCAGGAACAUCAGAGUUCAAACAAGCAGGAAUGCAAAGACAACCAGCUAAGGCAGUGUACGUUCACAGUAACUACAAUCCCAAGGAUUUUUCUAACGACAUCGCGUUAAUUCAUCUGGAAGAACCAUUCAUAAUGAACGACUUGGUAAAAUCCAUUAAACUUCCAGAAGAACCAAUAAAAAAAGAUUUGAUCAACGUGUGCAACAUUAUGAAGGUUAUUGGGUGGGGAUAUCGUGAAAAAUGGUUGCCGGAAGAGACAAACUACAAGUUAGCUUACAAAUUCAACCCUGUUCUUCAAUGCGUUGAUAUUCCUUUGAUAUCUAGAGCUGAAUGCGCUUCAAAAAAUUUGGGUAUCCUGGACCAAUCUUUCGUCUGUACCAUGGGCUCCGGCAAGGAUGCUUGUCAAGGAGACUCUGGCGGGCCCUUGUUUUGUGGUGAUACCCAGUAUGGGAUAGUUUCUAACGGCUAUGGAUGCGCCGUGGAAAACGAACCAGGAUAUUACACGAGGAUAGAUAGGUUCUUGACAUUCGUAGAAUAUGUAACCACUACUGUUCCACUACAGGAGCCAAGGAGAUUCAAAAGAACAAACAGGGGUGUAACUUUUUUUUGUUCGACCAAACUUAUCAUUAUAUUUUCCACAUUCACGAGAUUUUUUUGAAUAUCAGCAGAAAACUUUAUUAAUUGUAAUAUGUGGAUACGCCUUGACCCCACAAAAUAUAAAAAUGUGAAAACCCGUUGAUAACUAAGGAAAACGGCGCCCUAGGCGUAAGGCAAAUAUGGAGUGUCGUGACAAUUGAAGUGUUCAUGC